AUGGGUCUGAAAACCACCGCCGGAAAGACCAUCUCGCUCAAGCAACGCGCGGAAAUCGCAAGGCAGCGAGCGAAGUCCGCGAAGCAGAGAGCGGAGGAGCGGCAAACCAGGCAGCAUGUUCUGGACACCACCAUAAUUGUUCAGCAGCCCGUCCGUGAUCGUCUUGCAAAGCCAUUGGCUCCCCGCUCGUUCAUCAAGGCGCGUCCUCCGCCACCUCUGAGCAUUUUCGCAACCCGUCUUCCACGUCUGCGAGUACUACCGGGUGGCGAAAAUGCCGUCUCAUCUACAGCACAGCAACCUAGCCUGGUGAAGAGAGCUGUCUCUAAACACCCUUUACAGCAGGCAUUUGCAAGUUCGGGCAGAAGGACCAUCAGGUGGCGUAAGGGAUCCUACGAAGGCCCUUCGUGGAAAGGCUACCCUGACAUUCAUUAUUUGCGAUCACUUCUCGGACUACAGCCGUCUAGCUCCACGAAAGCGCAGAACGCGAUCCUAGUCGCGAUCGAUACAGAGUCCGAGAGGCACGGCUUGAUCAACAAUGUUGUCGAAGUGGGAAUCACGACGCUGAAAGUCGUUGACAUUAUGGGCACGGAGCCUGGACCUCACAUGCAAGCAUGGAUGCCGAAUUUUCGACACCACCACAUUGUGGUUGACAUCAGUCGUUAUGCGGAUGCAAGGAUGCGUUCUUCCCUCUUCGGAGAAAGCAAGCUCAUGACCAUACAAGAAGCCGCUAGAACGGUUCAGACGAUCCUUCGUGAUGUGACAGCUCUUAUACCAGACCCUACCGUGUAUCUAGUCGGACAAUCUAUUGCGACUGAUGUCGCCGCUCUCGGAAAGCGACCUUUGUACAUUGACUUGCAGAAUCAUGAGCCCACCAGCAACGUACGCUUUGAGAAGACGUUCGAGACAUUAGCAUUCUCCGACUGGAUCAGACAACGCGGCAUCGACCUGCCAUCUGCGAGGCUAGGACCUGUUGCUCGAUGGCUGGGCGUAGACCCGCGCUACCACAAUCCUCUCAAGCUUGACGUCAGAGGCGUACAUAACGCAAGCAACGAUGCCGCAUACACAAUGAUGGUCCUGUUGCUUUACGCACUGAAAUGGCAUGAGAUACUGCAAGGCACGGCGCCAAGGCAACGUUCUGCUGCCGCCGUCUAUCCGCCCAGACCUCUCAAUGAACCAGGUGUAAGUCCGCCUGCGCAGCUUGCACCGUCGCAAGAUCACAGGUGGAAGGGCGCAAGGGCGCGACAGUGGCCACAGAGAACAUGGUGGCGAGUGGGCUUGCCAGUCUGCUUACUGGGAGUCAGUCCAGUAUUCCUCCAGUAUUCCUGGCCGUUUGGUUGAGAGAUCUACGCCUCGCAAUACUUAAUCGACAAAGUAGAGACGCCACAUCGCAGAUGCAGACCGCAAUGGCUGGACACAGAUAUGGAGUCCAGACCAGUGCAACUUGUCUCGGUGCCGCGGUCACUCCCGCU